UAUUAAAAUUGUACACAACUAAAAAGAUUACGUGAAUCAUAGCUAUAUUAAAUCUAUGUCUAAACUUUAAGCCGGAAAAUGCAUUAGAUUAGGAAGAUCAUGAGAGAAAAACAUGACAAAAUAUCUUAAUUUUCUAAUAAGUAUGACUAUAUACGACUUAAAUUUUUUUUGUAUACGAACUUAUACCAAUAGUUAGAACACGGAUUGAGUCGGGUUCUACGGGUUGUAUAAUCCAAUAUCCAAACCCAACCCAAAAGAGGCGGGUUGUAAAAAAAAAACCCUCACCCAACCCAAAAUCUUAGUUUUAGCGAUAAAUACUUGUGGGUUGGGUCGGUUUGCGGGUGAGUUUGUUCAUCCCUAAAUGUGACUAUCCAUUCCCAGCAGCAUGCAAGAUUCUGUGGCUGCAAUGGUGCUUUUGUUUUUGUGGAGAAGGUCUAACUUAUCUCUAUUAAACCAGUAAAAUUUCAUCCUACUCCUUACUUAGCAAUGUCAUGACAAAUUACUAUAAUGCGAUGGGAUGCUACUACGAAUGAUUAUGAACGGAAUCAUUUAAUUAUGUUCAUAUUUGAAGUUAACGAAACUUAACAUCAAGAGUGUUUCAUUUUCUCGUACUUGCGCGUUGUGCCAUUUGAUGCAUAAUCCAUCAAGCUAAUCUCUUUUUGAUUCGACUAUUUGGACCAUCAAUUGAGAAACUUGAUCAUGAAGGACUUUCAUGAUCAACUGUGUUUAUUUAUAGGUUGGAUUUUUGUUAUGAAAACUGAAAUUAUUUUGAAUGUCAUACAAUCGCACGCAUAUCAAACCUAUUCAUAUGGACAACGAAUGGAAUUCAAUAAUCUCCAAGAUAGAAAGUGAAUGAGUGAAAUUGUCGAUUUAUUCUCUUCAUUUGUAGCUUCCGAAAAUACCCUAAUUCUCUUCCGCCGUUAGAUGAGAAAUAGAUAUCAUGUACGGGUGAGAUUGACUUCGCCAUCUACUCGACCAAAUGGGGUUCAGCACCCUAACGUCCCUCUGCUCGAUAAUAUUUGGAAAUCCACCUCUGCUUUCUACUUUUCUUCUCCUGAAAACGGUCUUUCGAACAGAUGGCGCUUCCCGCGCUUUCUUCAACUACCCAACUCCCACACCGCCAGCCGCCGCCACCACCACCGCCGGAUGUGAAACCGCCGCACCAAAUCCAAACGCGAACUCCUUCAAAAUCGAACCUUUCCACCAAACAACACACCUAUCAUCAGCAGCCAGUAGACCCCACAGUUUCAUGGACCUCUUCCAUUUCCCGCCUCUGCCGCAGCGGCCGCCUCGCUCAAGCCGCCACGCUCUUCACCCAGAUGCGCCUCUCCGCCGUCGAACCGAACCACGUCACCUUCAUAACCCUCCUCUCCGCCUGCGCCGAUUUCCCAAAAGCGGAAGGCAGGUCCUUCGGCCCCAUGGUUCACGCCUACGUGCGGAAAUUGGGGCUGGAUCGGCAUCACGUGAUGGUCGGGACGGCGCUGGUCAAAAUGUACGGCAAGUGCGGCGAGGUGGAGCGGGCCCGGGUUUGCUUCGAUGAGCUCGAGGUGAGGAAUUCGGUUUCCUGGAACACGUUGAUUGAUGGGUACAUGAGGAAUGACGAGAUGGAUGUUGCAGUUCAGCUGUUCGACGAAAUGCCUCAAAGGGAUGCAGUUUCGUGGACACUGCUGAUCGAUGGGUUUGUUAAAAAGGGUUACUUUGAGCAAGCACUGGAGUCUUUCAGGGAGAUGCAGGUCUCCAAAGCCGAACCUGACUACGUGACUAUUAUUUCAGUCCUGGCCGCUUGCGCUAAUUCUGGCGCGCUGGGCUUGGGAUUGUGGAUCCAUCGCUAUGUCUUAAAACAAGAAUUCAGAGACAAUAUCAGGAUAAGCAAUUCAUUGAUCGAUAUGUAUGCUCGAUGUGGAUGCGUGGAGCUAGCCCGCCAGGUGUUCGACAAAAUGCUCAACAGAACUCUUGUCUCGUGGAAUUCAUUGCUAGUUGGUCUAGCAGCAAACGGGUUUGCAGAAGAAGCCCUACGAUACUUUGAACUGAUGCAGGAACAAGGAUUUGUGCCAGAUGGAGUCAGUUUCACCGGCGCUCUCACCGCCUGUAGCCAUGCCGGUUUCGUCGAAGAAGGACAAAAGUACUUCAACCUCAUGACAAAGAAGCUCAAAAUCUCCCCCAGGAUCGAACACUACGGAUGCAUGGUAGACCUUCACAGUCGAGCAGGAAACUUAGAAGCUGCAAUCAAAGUAAUCGAAACCAUGCCCAUGAAACCGAACGAAGUCAUACUGGGAUCCCUUCUAACAGCCUGUAGAACUCACGAAGAUACUGCAGUGGCCGAAAAAGUAAUGAGCCGUGUCGUUGAUCUACAGCCUGAUGUCGAUUCAAAUUAUGUGAUACUGGCCAAUCUAUACGCGGGUGCAGGGAAGUGGGAAGGAGCUAGCAAGGUUAGGAGGAAAAUGAAGGCGCUUGGAAUAAGAAAGACACCAGGGUUUAGCUCGAUUGAAGUUGGACCGAGCAUUCACGAGUUUGUGGCUGGCGAUAAAUCUCACGAUGAUGCUGAGCAUAUAUAUGGUAUACUACAGCUAUUAUCUCACGAUCUGAAGUUACUAGGAUAUGAUCCACAGGCCAAUGAACAAGAUGUCUAUCAAGAGCAGUAAGAGAUUGCAGAGCAAAUGAAUCUCCAGAAGGCCAUCAGGAAAGUGUGAAUGUACUUAAAGCUAUUAAAUUGAACUCAGUUUGUUCUCUUGACUGAUAUCAUAUGCUGUUAUAAGCCUUGUUGUUCCUCUUUUAGCCACUUUUGGUAUCAGAGGUAACAUAAUGGAUUACUGGCAAGACUUGCAGUGAAUAUGUAGGAGCUAUGCAAUCCUUUUUGAGUCCCGUCAGGGGGAUGGAAUCUAUCCAAAUAUAGUUCAGUUGCAGUACUGGUUAUGUGCUUUUUGCAUUCAUUAGCAAGGAGUAGAGAAAUCAUCGGAGGAAGUAGAAAAGGCCGGUGAUGUCAUAACUAAUUUAAAAAUCGGGCCAAAUUCUGAGUUUGAUUGACAUGGACAGCAUUGUUUAUCUUUAUACACAAUCUGCAUUACGUUAGCAGCAGCGUCACUCUGGGAAGGGAUUUUACCUCUUUCUGUCACUAUCGUAGCAACAGAGCAUCUAGUUGCUGCUUUGCUUUGUAGUAGAGUAGUACCUGCGGAUCCAGGUUAUGAUUUGAUUGCUAUUUACUGACCACUUUUGUUUUCAUCUGUCCGAACUUUUCACCUUUCCUUUUUACAUGUUGGAAUGGUAUAAAGUAAACAAAAAAGA